GCCGCGCAUCGUCGGAAGCGGAGUUGGCGGUCUCACGGCCGUGGCAGAGAGAACGAGGAUCGCGUUCCGCCGAGGUGGUGCAGUUUCGCAAAGUGUCGCGUAGUGUAGUGUUUUACUUCCUUCUCUUCUCGCCACCCCUCUCCCGCCCUCAACCCCUGCGUGUCGAGUGCAGUGUGCAUCGAUGAGGCCGCCUGUACCUCCCCCCUGAUGAACUGAGUAGUGUGCAUUUAGUACAAGGACCGAGAAUACCUGGGAACGCUUGAGAAGCACGUCCCCCGAGACUCCCCCGAUCAAAAUCACUCGCCUAACCUUUCCCCUGUCCUCCUCGCCCUCCUCCUUUCCCUCCGCAAGUACCGAGAAGAUAUCUCAUCGAAACCGCAGGAUCCGUAACCACGCGAUGGACGGUAUGGACAACAAGCCGGUGCUGAACGAUGAUCCAUCGGUCACUCUGACCAUUCGCCUGAUUAUGCAGGGCAAAGAAGUUGGUAGCAUUAUCGGGAAAAAAGGAGAGAUCGUCAAGAGGUUCCGCGAGGAGUCUGGCGCGAAAAUCAACAUCUCCGACGGUUCCUGCCCGGAGCGAAUAGUGACCGUCACCGGGCCGACGAACUCGAUCUUCAAGGCAUUCACGCUGAUAUGCAAGAAGUUUGAGGAAUGGUGUUCCCAAUUCCACGACAUGCAAGGUGGCGGUGCCGGCGGUGGCGGCGGUGUGUCGAGGCCACCAAUCACGCUCAGACUGAUCGUCCCCGCUUCGCAAUGCGGUUCUUUGAUCGGCAAGGGUGGUUCUAAGAUCAAGGAGAUUCGGGAGGUCACCGGUGCCUCCAUCCAAGUCGCUUCCGAGAUGCUGCCUAAUUCGACGGAACGCGCAGUAACCAUAUCCGGUACCAGCGAGGCGAUCACGCAGUGCAUAUAUCAUAUCUGCUGCGUUAUGCUAGAGUCCCCUCCUAAAGGUGCCACGAUCCCUUAUCGCCCCAAACCCCAAGUCGGUGGGCCAGUGAUCCUGGCUGGUGGGCAAGCCUACACCAUCCAGGGUAAUUACGCGGUGCCCGCCCACUCGGACAUGGGCAAACUAGGCAGCAAUCCUUUGGCUGGACUGGCAGCCUUGGGUCUUGGAGGUCUCGCAACACCAGCGAACACAGGUGGUCUUAACCCAGCAGCAUUAGCCGCAUUGGCCGGGAGCCAGCUGCGUACGAGCAAUACGAACAGGCAGCAACCGGCGGCGAACAAUCAGACGCAUGAGAUGACCGUGCCAAACGAGUUGAUCGGUUGCAUCAUCGGGAAGGGCGGUACCAAAAUCGCAGAGAUCCGUCAGAUCUCGGGCGCCAUGAUCAGAAUCAGCAACUGCGAGGAGAGGGAGGGCGGAGCAACGGACCGCACCAUCACCAUAACCGGGAAUCCGGACGCCGUAGCGUUAGCACAGUAUCUCAUCAAUAUGAGGAUAUCGAUGGAGACAUCGGGGGUGCCUAUGCCCGCGUAUCACUUCAUCCCGCCGGACCACAUUGUGAAAUCGCCGAUCCACUAAACGUGGAGCGUUGCCGUGGUCGUUAUCGCCGUCGAAAGGACGCGGAGCAUCGCGGUGCGCGCGAAGCUGUCAGUGGCGUAUACGGGGCUGGGCCACGCACUGUGUUCAACCAGCUUGCAAAUCGAUACACUUGCAAAAAAGAAAAAAAAAAGAAACAAGACACACGACAGUGAGAAAUGGAAAGAGAGAGAGAGAGAGAAAGAGGGGAAGAGAAAGAGAGACACAAUACGUAGCACACACUCGCACGACACUCAAAAAGAAGUCUAUUUGUGCGCGCUUCAAGACGUGUACGUUAAAAUUCAACAAGACACACCAAAACAAACAUAUAUAUACAUACACAUACACACACAUUCACGUAUCCUAAAGAGAUUACAUGGAAGCAUGUACAUGGAAAGAUGAAGAAGAUACGCACGCGCGUACACAGACACACCCGAGUGUACAAAACUGUACAAAAAAAAAGUUAUUUAAACAAAAGAAGAAGAAAAAAAAAAUAAUGAUGCACGCGCCGCAGCCGCAAAAGCUGCCGCCGAUUGGUAAAGGGAACAAGCCAAAGAUAAAUACGUUAGUUUUCAUUUUUAUAUUUAAAAAAGACGUAAAAAAAAGAGACGAGAUACGCGAGACAGGGAGAGAUAAAAAAAUACGCGCAAAGAGAAUUUUAUUAUUAUUAUUAUAAAUUAUUACUAUUGCGCGAUGACGCGCGCAACUAAAUAAUAUUAGGCCGAUUGUUAGAGUUUUUUCUAAAAAGAAAAGCAAACAAAAAUGCGAAUUAUAUACGCGUCUCGACGUGUUUCGCGACCGGUUCGCGAGCUUAGUUGCUUCAUUCCGGACUGACUGCAAACGGAAGUGCGACGUGUAGUAUCACGGGGACUGACUUGCGGUUCAAAGAAUCCAUAGCAAGUACUUUCACACCGAAAUUCUGUACUCCCUGGUGAAAAAAAUGUAGUUUUGCAUACGAAAUGAUGCAUAUAUAAAGAGGGAACGUAAAUUAACAUGUGCAUUCUGUUUCGCGUAUACGUAAUGCGUUCAAUAUGCGAAACACGAUGCAUAUUCCCCCUCUCAUAUAACAAUCUUAACAUCUUCGUUUGUAUUUAUAACCAUAUUCAAGGAUCGACGAUACCUACGUAGAUAUACCCUCUGAAGAUGAAUUAAUGACGGAAGAAGGAGACGUCUGAGAGAGCGUAGAUAUCGUUGAUACUCGACUUGAAUUUUUUUGAAAAAAAAAAAAACGAACCCGAAUAUAAUUCAGCCGCAUGUGCACUUUUGUCUCAUAGAAUCAUUUCUGAGACGGGAACACAUUGUGUUUCCGCUCUUCAGACUCUUCGAUUUGAGAUAAUUAUUUCCUGGAAAUAUCCUCGGUCUCUUUUGCGGUUUAGGACACUUUGAGGAUCCAAAACUGAAUCUUAUGAUUAUACUAGGGCAGACGAGGAACGCGUUGAGUAUCUUCAAUCACGUGCUUCCUCCUGCAGAUCCCUCUUGGAAUCCAUGUGUGACAUCGAACCGCGAUCUUGCACGUCGUCGAUUCGCAUUUCGUAUCAUCGAUCUCUGUUUUACACGGUCUCCCGUGUCCCAUCCGUGACCAAUCUCGAGACUAACAGACAGAUAACAAUACCAACUCGUGGUCGCCAUGUAAUCCAGAAAUAACCGAGAUCGCGAUCACUCUCGCGGAGCGUCGAGGGUCGGAAAAUAACGAUUAUAAUUCGCGCGCGGAAAUUUCACGGUAGUUGCGUAGCUUUUGCAUGCGAAUCUUGGAUUCCAAAACAAUUGUCGGUAUAAUACUCCUUUUCUUUUUUUUUUUUAAGAAAAAAAAACAAAAAAAAAAGAAAUGACCGCGAACGUGUCCCCGCAUCAUCGAUCGCUUGGCGCUUCCCCUAAGGAAAAUCUCGGAAACGCGAAGGGACGAGCGGAUGCGCGCGUUCCCUAGCGCGUUCUCGAUGCCGUCCUCGACAAGCAUUUUCGGCCAUCUCGUCUUCGACGCGGUCGUCCUCGAGUACAAACGUCGCGAAUUGAAUACGAAAAAGGCCGACGUGAACGUCGCGGACGGUGUCGGGGGCGCGCUUCUGUUAAAAGAAUAAAUGAAAUUAUUACGUGGAAUAUAUAAAUAAUGAUAUAUAUUAUAUAUAUACACACAUAAUAUAUAUUUAUUAUACGAUAAAAGUAACUAGAAGAGAGAAAGAGAGAGAGAGAGAGAGACAAAUAGCGAAAGGUGCGAGCUCAAGCCCAGACUCGAUCAAGAGGCAUAUCCUUCCCUCUCUUCAUCAUCAUUAUCCAUUUCAGCUCCCUUCAUCUUACGAUCUUACCCUCCUCUCUGUCGGAUUUUAGCCCCCCUCGCUAUCCUUCAAUGCUUGUAGUUUGGUUUACGAAUCGUAAGAGCCGCCCCGAUAUAACGGCAGACAAAAUUCUUUUAUCGUCUUUAGUAGAUAUGUGCGUUUUUUUUUGUACGUAUGUUUUUUAUUACUUAUAUAUCGUUAUCGACUUUUCUCGUUUUCGUGUUAUUUAUAUUAAUCGUGUUACAAUCGUUGAUAUUUAAUAAAAUUAUUACUUCGUCUGUGUGUGUGAAAAGAGAAAUGCGCGCGCGCGACAUUGUGCAACGUCUUCUUUUUAUUAUUAUUUUAUUCUAGAUGAAUAUUUGUUCAUGUGUACACACACUAGUCUGUACAUAAUUGCGAAAUGAUUAGAUCUUGGGACUGCGUUGGAUAUUUUUUUUCUAUUGCGUCCAAGUUUCGGUUCGAUUCUCUUUUAUCGAGGAAUAAAUUGGAUCGAGAGAUUGUUAUUAAAAAUCGGACCGAGAAUCGCCGAGAUAUAUAUAAUGGAAUUUCAAAAAUAGUUGUACGGCUACUAUAUAUAUAUAUAUAUAUUUCGGCACUUCUCACACAUCCUCAUCUUUAUUAUUUCUCUUACGUAUCUAUAUACGUAUAUGUGCAAAAUUGGCAAUGGCGCGGACGAUUAUAAUCUCACGGUGUAUCCUGCGCCGGCAAUUUCCAUUAUGUGCCAAACAUAAAUUAAAAAGGGUAUAAAACAAAAGGGAGAAGAAAAUACCUUUGUUAGUCUGUGCUUCCGGUGUCAGCUCAAUUAACGAUCAUUACACGGUCUUCGCGCGUAUGUAUCACUUUUAUAUAUCUUCCUUAAUUCGUGUGUAAGAAUCGUUUUUAAUUUUAAUAUGUAAAUUGAUUCUUCCAAAAAAAAAAAAGAAAAGAAAAAAAACGUUGUUACAUCAGUGCUAAUUUUAUAUUUGUACGAGUUAGGAAUAUCGUGGAGUCGUUUUUUUCCCGAUAUUUCCCUUUUUUUUUUUUAUCGAAUAUAUUUUUCGCGAUCUUUUUGCUUCUUUUUUCUCGACGCGUGUUGUAAAUAUGAUUUUCACACUGUACAUACUUAUUACGUAUUCAGAACAUCUUGUUAUUUAUGGAACGAAUUUUUAGUUGGAAAUAAUUGUAAUAUCAGCAUCUAUGAUUUUUCAUGUUAUAUAUAUAUAUUACAUCGAUAUCUUUUACGUCAUCUUUUUCAAAUCGCAAUACGCGCUUUAUAUCACACUUUGUUUUCCGAACGAAUGAGUCACGAACGACUUUCCCUGCAAAAAAAAAAAAAAAAAAAGAAGAUACGAGCAAGUUUGCUCAAGAUACAGUUGGGUUGUUCAGUGGAACUCAAUAAUACUAUGAAUUUGGAAAAUUCAUCUUUCUUAGGGAAAAUUUAAUUGGAAACAAUCAUUUAUAUCGCAACUUUUGAAAGAUCUAUCCAAUUAGGAAAUCUCUAUAAUAAUGGAACGCUAAAACGUUUCCGUUUACACUAGAAAUUUGAUUAGUUAAAUCUCUUGUAAUAGAAAAAAAAAUAUAUACAUAUAUAUAUUUUCAUUAAGUUGACGUUAACAGAUAUAAAUCUCCUACCACAUUUUACAUGUCUGCGUUUGUUUGUUCCAUGAAAAGAGGAAAGAAAUUAUUCUCUAUGGAUCCAAUUGUGUUUAUUUUUGGAUCAAUGCGUCGAGUUUCUUAGCACAUCGAUUGAUCACAUCGCGAGAGUCUGUUGGUGACCCAUUUAAAUUAGGCUCAAGAGAUUUAACUCUGUGUUAUUUAUAAUUAUUUAUACAUAUAUACACAUAUUGCCAUUGUGUGUGGAAAAUUGUUUGUUAUUAUAUAUUUCGAAAAAAAGAAACGGAAGUAUUUCUCUCUUUUCUCAUCGUGACGACAAGGCACUCCUCUCACCCUCAUCUCCUCCUCUUCACCCUCGUUAACACCCUUGCAUCCUUAUUCUCCACCGGUAUAGGUAGACGAUGACGGCGUAUCAUAGUAAUUAUACUAAGGGAAAAAAAGGCAAAAAAAAUAUACGACACGAGCAACGGUAUCGUUCGAACGACAAGUUGUCUCUGACUAAAAAAAAAA